AUGACGGCUGCCGUGGGUAAAGCAGAGGACCCGCGCGAGGGCUCGACGUCCUCUAUCGAAGAUUCACCUGAGCCGGGCCAGGCGGAGACAUAUACCCAAGAGAACCCGCAGCAGCAGAAGCGCAAAGGUGGUCGCAAACCCCCAUUUGACAUGUCACGAAUUGGACUAACCAAGCGUCGUAAGAUCUAUGCCACCUCGGAAGAGCGCAAGCAACGCAAUAGGCAGGCACAGGCUGCCUUUCGCGAGCGGCGAACCGAGUACAUCAAGCAGCUGGAGAGCACGAUUAAGCAUCAUGAAGAGACGCUGCAGAACCUGCAAAACAGUCACCGCAACGCCGCCGACGAAUGUCUUAUGCUCCGGUAUAAGAACUCUCUACUUGAAAGAGUCUUACUGGAGAAAGGCAUUGACGUCCAGGCUGAGCUGCGCGCGAAGACUGGCAGUCCAAACCUAGGGCCCACGAGGCCUGCGGCUUCUGCACACGCGUCUCCGAACCAGCCACCUCUCCAGCAGCGUGCCAUCUUGAAUAGACAGCAACAGAGGCGAUCAUUGCAGGGACCGCCAAAGGCUGAUGGUAGCAAUGGCUUGCCUAUGAUACAGCCGGAUGGUCCGAUCCAACGUUCACCACUGUCGCAGCCCACACCAGGCUCCCAUUUGUCCUCGCCUGCGCAGUCGGCUACGCGCUCACCCAACUUCAUGCCUCAAGGUCAUUCUGUGUCUCCCAAUUUUGGACCUAUUCCCCCUCAGCAACAGCAGCAGCAGCAGCAGCAGCAGUUGCGGCCACAGCCACCUAGAUCCAACUUCAACCCCAUGAUGGCAGCAGGUCCACAGAGGCCAUCCGUGAUCACAAACCAGGUGCCUGCAAAUGGCAUCCAGGGCGCGUCCACUGUUGGUCCCAAUGCAAAUGGCAUAACUCAAAGCAGUGGUCCCUCCUCCUUCUACCAGUCCCAGUACUCGGACCACAUGAACCAACUAGGCAAGCUGACCCCUACCUUCCUUUACUUAGAACAGGAGUAUGACGAGCAAGCCGACAACUACGACCACGAAGAACCGAGCGAUCAGUCGGCCGGCCCCGGCCCCUUCCCGCACCACAACUUCCCACCUGCGAACAGCAUGCCCCCUCCGAUGCCGCCUGCGCAGAACCCACCAUUCGCCAGCCCAGCCACGCUGGCACCAAAUGAUAGCAACCAGCCAUUCAAUAACAUGAAUAACCUCUUCGACCCCUACGAUCCAAUGCUGGAUGCAGAUCCAUUCGGGCUCUCUGCUAGCAUGCACUUCCCCACCAUGUACGAAUCGAGAUGA